AUAUAUGAGGAGAGAGCCGUCGCCUAGGGUUUCCUCCCACGGCGCCGACCAAACCAGACCAAACCCCCCAAACCGAGGAAGAGCGAGCACCCUCUUGCCCUCGCCGCAAUGGAGCACACCUUCAUCAUGAUCAAGCCCGACGGCGUCCAGAGGGGCCUCGUUGGUGAGAUCAUCAGCCGCUUCGAGAAGAAGGGCUUCUACCUCAAGGGCUUGAAGCUCGUGAACGUGGAGAGGUCGUUCGCCGAGAAGCACUACGCUGAUCUGUCCGCCAAGCCCUUCUUCCAGGGCCUCGUGGACUACAUCAUCUCUGGCCCUGUGGUCGCCAUGGUCUGGGAGGGCAAGAGCGUUGUCACAACUGGCCGCAAGAUCAUCGGCGCCACCAACCCCCUGGCUUCUGAGCCCGGCACCAUCCGUGGUGACUUUGCUGUCGACAUUGGCAGGAAUGUCAUUCAUGGAAGCGACAGCAUUGAGAGCGCUACCAAGGAGAUUGCCCUGUGGUUCCCUGAGGGCCUCGCCGACUGGCAGAGCAGCCAGCACCCCUGGAUCUAUGAGAAGUAAACUGGGCUAGCUUCACUCUGAACCUUGAGAGCCUGGGAAAGCAUGGCCCCAGCUGUACUUUAAUAUUUAGAGUUGGAGGAAAUUAUUCUCUGUAUCUCAGAACCUUACUUUCGUGAACCGGAUUUCCUUCCUUGUCCUGCAUGCUAUGCAUGCUUGACGUUUUGCUAUAAUAUUUGAUGUCGUGUUGCUUUUAUAUGA